AUGUCCCCUCUUUGUAAGUUUCCCAAAACUAUGCUUCCGAAAUCUUGCGGAGGCUGCGCGCGGCUGGGCCGCAGGCCGGGGCUUGAGCGGAUCCCGCUCCAGGCCGCGCGGGCCUAUGUUCAUUUCUCUGCAACUCCACACAUAUCCGUUGAGCCUCAGGACUCAGCGCCAGCUCAGGAGGGCGGUAACCCUCGAAGAGCCCCUGAGAGGACUGCGAAUUUCGGAGCGAUUCUGAGCACCCAAAGGCCUUGGGCCAGUCGCAGCCCCCACGCAAGAAACUUGGCUGUGUUCGGUGACAUACAGAGGGCACCGGGGAGCGGUGGAGCCUCAGUCCCUCGACUCUGCGCAGCGGGAAGCCGCAAGCGCCAGCUCGAGCAUCCCCAGAGAUCGGGUACCGUGGCCUCCAGGCAGCUGAACGUGCCCUGCUCCAAAACUUUCGGCACCAUGCACGAGCUGGUGAAUCACGUCACGGUGGAGCACGUGGGCGGCCCCGAGCAGAGCAGCCACGUCUGCUUCUGGGAGGACUGUCCGCGCGAGGGCAAGCCCUUCAAGGCCAAAUACAAGCUCAUCAACCACAUCCGCGUGCACACCGGCGAGAAGCCCUUCCCCUGCCCUUUCCCGGGCUGCGGCAAGGUCUUCGCGCGCUCCGAGAACCUCAAGAUCCACAAGCGCACUCAUACAGGGGAAAAGCCUUUCAAAUGUGAAUUUGAUGGCUGUGACAGGAAGUUUGCCAAUAGCAGUGAUCGGAAGAAACAUUCCCAUGUCCACACCAGUGACAAGCCCUACUACUGCAAGAUUCGAGGCUGUGACAAAUCCUACACUCACCCAAGCUCCCUGAGGAAGCACAUGAAGAUUCACUGCAAGUCCCCACCACCUUCUCCAGGACCCCUUGGUUACUCAUCAGUGGGGACUCCAGUGGGUGCCCCUUUGUCCCCCGUGCUGGACCCAGCCAGGAGUCGCUCCAGCACUCUGUCCCCUCAGGUGACCAACCUCAAUGAGUGGUACGUUUGCCAGGCCAGUGGGGCCCCCAGCCACCUCCACACCCCUUCCAGCAACGGAACCACCUCUGAAUCUGAAGAUGAGGAAAUUUACGGGAACCCUGAAGUUGUGCGGACGAUACAUUAGAAUUUAUGAUUAAUAAUAAUAAGUGAAAUAAUAAGUCGGAGUCCUUGGACCACAUCCUAACCUGAGACAAUGCCGAGCCUGAGACAAACCCGUGACUCAGACUUGCCACCGGGUCUAAUUAGCCCUAUUUAUUCAGUAUGAAACCCUAUGGUGUUUGUACAUUUAAUUAAUUUAAUUAAGAUAUUUGGGCCCUUUUUUUUUUUUUUCUCUUAAAAAACAAACAAAAAACAACCAAGCUGGACUUGUACAUUGCAGGAGGACGGGGCUUGGGGGCAAAUUGUACCAAGGAAAAUGAAUGGAGAGAUUAGUUAAUGGAGAUACACGCUGCCGGUGUCAUAU